AUGGUCAGAGACGCAAUCGCAUGGUCUGGGAGUCCCCAGGUCUCUGGCUACCAGACGCUGGGAACGAAGGACAAGGAUUGGAUCACUCAGCCUGUCAAUCACUGCCGGAGGCCGCCAAUCAGCGGGCAGGAGCCGGGCUUUGGCCCCCGCCGGAGGAGCCGGGCGGCAGAGCGCGCUGCCCCGGGGGCCCAGGCGCUCUCCGGGUACGAGCGGCCGCGCGCGGAGCGCCCAGGGGCCCGGGGCCCUGCGCAUGGGGCCGGCCCCGGCGGGGGAGCGCGGGGAGCCGGGUGCGCAGCGCGUCCCUCCCAUGGAGCCCCAGGCCAGCCCCACCCGCCCCACGAGCCCAUCAGCUUCGGCAUCGACCAGAUCCUGAGCAGCCCGGAGCCGGGCGGCUGCUCGGGGCCGGGCCGCCCGGCGGGGGAGCCGGACUACGCGCUCUACGGGAGCAGCUGCGGCGGCGCCUACAACCCCGCCUGCUCGCUGGGCUCCCCCAGCCUCGGCCGGAGCAUGAGCGUGGCCCCGGGGGGCCCCGCGGGAGGGGUGAUCCGGGUGCCGGCGCACAGACCCCUGCCCCCCGCGCCGGGGGCGCCCGGCCUCCCCGGCCUCCCCUUCCCCUGGAUGGAGAGCAGCAGGCGGCUCGCCAAAGACCGGCUUUCAGCUGCCCUGUCCCCGUUCGCCGUGACGCGGCGCAUCGGGCACCCCUACCAGAACCGCACCCCCCCCAAGCGGAAGAAGCCGCGCACCUCCUUCAGCCGCGGGCAGAUCUGUGAGCUGGAGAAGCGCUUCCACCGGCAGAAGUACCUGGCCUCGGCCGAGCGGGCCGCCCUGGCCAAGGCCCUCAAGAUGACAGACGCCCAGGUGAAGACCUGGUUCCAGAACCGCCGCACCAAGUGGAGGAGGCAGACGGCCGAGGAGCGGGAGGCCGAGCGCCAGCAGGCCAACCGGCUGAUGCUGCACCUGCAGCAGGAGGCCUUCCAGAAGAGCCUGAGCCAGCCGCUGCCGCAGGACCCGCUCUGCAUGCACAACUCCUCCCUCUGCGCCCUGCAGAACCUGCAGCCCUGGGCCGAGGACAAGAAGGUCACGUCCGUCUCCGGGGUGGCAUCUGUGGUGUGAGGCCCCCAUGCUGCCCCCUGGAGCAGGGGAGAGACCUGUCUGCACGUCCCCACGAGGCUGUGGGGUGGCAGGGGCUGAGGCCGGACCCUCCAUGCCUGCUGCAGAUGCAGACCCCUGGGGCCCAGGGACUCC